AUGGUGUAACCUUUGAAUGCGAGAAACUCCAACAAGCAACAUGCCUGAGGCAACUGAUGGUUUAACUCCAAACUCAGAACCUAUUGAUAGUCAAACAAUAGGUUCUAAAAGAUAUAGUGAUGGUGCUGCAAAAGGUACAAGGCGACCUAGGAGAAAAGGCCCAAUAGACAACCUUAACAAUUUAUUGGUUGAGGCCAAUAAAAAUUCUUUUGUACUAAAAGAAACCGUUGAAAGGAAUGACCCCAACAGUAUGGCCGAAUGUUUACAGAAACUAUGUUCGGUGGAGAACUUAACGACACAUGCGUUGUUACUUCUACAAGAUGUGUUAAAAGAGAAUAAAGAUAACAAAACCAUAUUAAUGACAUGGGAAGGUGAAGUGUUGCAUAAGUGGAUUGAAUAUAUGAUUGAAAACCACCUACGGUAUAAUGGUUCCAGAAUAUGGCUAUGAUUCCAUUCCCAACUUUGUUUUAUUUUACUGUGUUAGUAGUUUGAUUUCUACAUUUCUUGAUUGUCUAGCUUUUAAUCAAAAACAUGUUUUUGGAAUUGUUGUGCUGCUUAAUCAAUUUAGUUUUUAUUCCAGAAAUAUGUUAGCUGUCAAUUUCAGUUUUCAUUAAUGAGGUUUGGUUUAUUUGAGAAAAUCAAUAUAAUAUGAAAUCUGUUGGAUGCCAUCUUCUAUUAAAUAGUAUCUUUUCAGUUUGCAUUGUUGUACUCUAUCUUCUGUAUUAAAUACUACCCCAUAUUGGUUUUGUCCAGAUUUUCUUCCCUAUCCGAACUGAACACUAUCUCAUAUGCCGCACUAUGUUACUCUAUACAGUGAAUCUAUACAAUGGCUAACAACCUGGACCGUGAAAUUCAAAACAGACUUUGCGAGAGUAUUGAUUUGCAUAUACAGGUGACUAAUGCCAUUGCAGAGCUUUUCCCAGCUAUUAUAGAAGAAGUUGAGAACACUGAUGAUGAAACUCAAGUGCGACGGCGUAUGUUUGAUAGAUCAUAUACCGGCCAUCAAUAUGUUCUUGACGUCCUAUCUGGUCAUCCAGGCGAGCUUACCAGUGCUUCAGAUUACCACCAGAUGCUUUCAUAAGCUUAAGAGACUUGCUUGUUAGCCGUGGUCACCUAUCUGACACAAAGAAUAUGCUAGCGGCGGAACAAAUUGGCAUUUUCUUACGUGGUGUUGCCCAUGCACACAGCUACCGACAAUUAUGCGAAUUUUUUCAACAUUCAUUAGAAACAGUUAGCAGGUACUUCAAUCAGGUUCUGAAGGCAAUUGUGUCUUUGUUGGAUGAAUUUAUAAGUUUACCUUCAGCUGAUGUUGAUUGUCAUCCAUUCGUACGUGCAAAUGAACAAUUUCACCCAUUCUUCAAAAAUGCAGUGGGAGCGAUAGACGGUACACAUAUUCCAGCUGUCAUAAGUACUAAUUUACAAAAUCGAUAUUGUAAUCGAAAGGGAUUUACAUCACAGAAUGUAAUGGCUACGGUGUCGUUUGAUCGACAGUUCGUAUAUGUAGCUUCUGGGUGGGAGGGAUCUGCUGCUGACAUGCGUGUGCUUAGAUGGGCAGUAGAACAAGGGCAGUUUGAAGUACCCCGCAACAAAUAUUUUUUGGUUGAUUCUGGUUAUGCAAAUACUGAUAGACUAAUUGCCCCAUUUCGCGGAUAUCGAUAUCAUUUAGCAGAUUAUCGUGAAAGAACGACAAGGCGAUAUGCUGCCGAGCAAGAGUUAUUCAAUCACUGUCAUGCACAGCUACGCAAUGUGGUAGAACGAACUUUUGGGAUUUGGAAGGAACAGUUUCAGGUUCUGACGCACAUGCGACAGUUCCCUAUUAGUGUUCAAGCAUAUAUUGUCAUUGCUUGUGCGGUUAUGCAUAACUUCAUUGGUCGAUACCAUGGACAUGAUCUAUACUUCAAUAUGUCACAAACAGAAAUGCAACAUGAUGCUGAAACUGUGGAAGUUGAUAUGCCAGAGGACGAUCCCAACUUACACGCGACAAUAGGAGAAAGAAUUCAAGGUGAAGCUAUUAGGCACAAUAUCACCAUUGACUUAUGGAAUGCUCGGAUUGCAAGUCAAAGAAAUCGAUCAUCGUGAAAAAAUUUGGCUCCCGAGAAUUAGCUAUGAAGACAUUUACAUAUUAAAUGCAUUCUCUAAUUAAAUGCUUAAUUUGUCAUUUUGGGCAAUAUUGCUUUGUAAUUUGAUCUUUAUUGAAAUUUCGAUCAUUUUGUGAGAACUCAAGUUUGUUUAAUGAUGUUAUGCAAUGAUAUUUAUCUCAUAAAUAUAUGUUUAAAUUUUAAAUCCCUAACUGCCAUAAAUCCGGAAAUAUGUUACCAAACAGUUUCUCAGGAUUUAACAGGAUUUAACAUAUUGCAUACCAAGCAGUUUUCAGGAUUUAACCCAAUUCGGAUUUACUAAAUCUGGAUUUACAGGAUUUACUAAAUCCCACUAAAGUUAAAUCCCACUUGUUUCCAAACAGCCCCUAAGGGCUGUUUGGCAACAGGAUUUAUACUAAAACCUGACAAACGGGAUUUGAGCAGCCGGUGAAUCUCACGGCAUAAUAAAUCCUCCGUUUCCCUCCUUUAGCCAUAAAUCCCGGAUUUACUAGAUCCUGGAGUUCGGCGGAUUGACGGGAUUUGGCCCAAGAAGCGCGCGCAAGGGAGAAAGAU